AUGCAUGAUCGGCCUGUGAUAAUUGCUCCAGCACCAAGCCAGAGUAGAAUUGACUCGGCCCCUCCUAGUGUCAUGCCAUUCACCUGCCAACCCUGCGUACGCCGAAAAGUCAAAUGCGACAGAAGCGUUCCAGCAUGCUUGAGCUGUGGUAAAGCCAAGUUAGAAUGCAUCUACCAGCCACCGGCGGCGCGAGCGUGCAAACGAAAGCGCGUUGACAUGGAUGAGCAUAAGCGCUUGGCGCGAUGCGAACAGAUGUUUCAGGAACAUGGCAUUUUGACUCCAGCAGAUGCAACGAUGGCGGCAGGGCCUUCUUCCUACCGCAACAACAACAAUAUCGACAUCAUCGCCAAAAAGAGCCUCCAGAGCACGCCGGAACUCAGCCAUCUCCCUCUCCAGGCUAGCAAUAGCAAUCAAUCCGACGCGGGGACGACCGGAAAACUGCUGUCCGGGGAUGGCAAAUCGCGGUAUAUUGACAGCAGCCUCUGGCUCGAUGCGGAAGAAGUCGACAUGCGGGAAAUCUCUGAACACGAGGAAGAAGAGGAAGAACACGAUCCAACAGCGAUCGGGCCCGGCUCACUGACUGAAGAUCCGAUCUCGGGUGCGCUGCUGGGGGGUCACGUGGAUGCGAUGAAGCUCUGGACGGUACAUGUUCACAACGUUGAACCUCUUUGCAAAAUACUGCAUAUCCCUACGACCACCAACAUGGUAGAGAUCGCCUCCCAGCAACCGGCCACAGCCUCCAAAGCAAAUGAGUGUCUGCUCUUUGCCAUCUACCAUUCCGCAGUGUUCUCCAUGACAGACGAGGACUGCGUGCAGGAAUUCAGUCAGUCACGCACGCCGCUGAUGUUGCUUUAUCGAAAUGCAUUUCAACAGGCACUGGUCAAUGCAUCGUGGCUGAAGACUACUGAAAUGCCGGUUCUGCAGGCCCUUGUCCUUUUUCUGGUUGCGAUGCGCACGCAAAUGGAUCCGCAUACGUUUUGGAUUUUGACGGGCGUUGCAGUCCGGAUUGCGCAGCGCAUGGGGCUUCAUCGCGACGGUGAGAGUCUUGGUUUGCCCCCUUUUGAUGUUGAGAUUCGGCGUCGGCUCUUCUGGCAGCUUCUCCCCUUGGAAGGCUACGCGGGCCAGGUUUCAGGCACGGGGAUUGCCUUGGCCCCAGAUAGUUGGGAUACCAAACAGCCGUUGAAUAUCAACGAUGACCAGAUCUAUCCCGGCAUGACACAGCAGCCUUUUGAGCAGGAAGGUGCUUCGGAGAUGAUCUUCUGUCUGACGAGGACGGAAAUGUCCAAUUUCUACACACGAACAGGUGUGCGGAUGAAGGAAGUCGGCGCCUCGAUUCAAUUCCGCGCCAGUACGGAACUGGAGAGUGCCAUAGACCGGGUCCUGGGGAUCAUCGAAGCCAAGUAUCUGCGAUACUGUGAUAUAGUGAACCCACUCCACUUCCUGACGCUGGGGAUCGCUAGGUCGGCGGCCAAUGCGGUGCGACUGCGCAAUCGAAUGAAGAAGCGGGCCAACAUCGAUGAUCGGGAAAGGAGAGAGCUCUUUCAUCUAGCGCAGACGAUUCUAGAUACCGACAUCGUUCUCUGCAGUAACCCCAAUAUGAAAAAUUUUCAAUGGCAAAUCAAGGCCUUCUUCCUCUGGGAUGCACUCUUGUGUAUGCUGACCAGUCUGGCCAAGGUUGGAUUUCUAUCUAGUGCCGAACUGGAUACCACUUGGAGGAAGAUGGGAGAAAUCUAUUCUAAUCAUCCGGAAAUUCUCGAGGCGAGAAAAGGGGGAGCUCUUCACAUCGCCGUGGGGAAAUUAACGCUUAAGGCUUGGGCAGCAAAUUCACCCAGCGAUUAUGAUUGCCCCGCUGAGCCGGCCUUCAUCACGACGCUGCGCUCCUUGUACCGUGAGACGAAACCGAAGAUAAAAGGGAGUGCCGAUUACAACAAUACCAGCAACCCUAACGGCAACGACGACAACGAUGACAAUAUCACGAACGAUGCAGUGACAGAAGAGAGCUUGUCCCCCUCGCUGGAAGAUAUUUUUGCGAGUUUGGAUGGAGCCAAAUUGGAUUUUGGGGAGAAUAAUUUUAAUCUUGGGUCUGCGGAUUGGACGUUUUGGGAUCAAUCAUAUCGCUGA